CUUUAAAUUUCGUGCAGCACCACCUAUAACCCACGCCAAAGAACUACAAGCUACGUGUCGUAGUCAUAAAAAAGUAUGUAAUGUGAGUUACGAUCGUGCAAUGGUGUUUGGAUAUUAUUCAUAUUAUAUUUUGUAGUACAAUCGGGGCAGUAUCGAUAAGAAAAAACAAAAAAAGAAAAGAAGAGAAUUUUUUGUCAAGCACGACAUUAUCACUGGAUAACCUUGUUCUGGCGUCCAUACAUAUUUGGAAAAGUAGGUAUCUUGCUGUGGGAAAUAAAAUUUAAAAUAUAUUCUUAAAAAACAGUUAUGUUAUAAAGUAAACAUUGUUUAUUAGAAUUUUAUUACUUGGUUUAUUGAAGUUUGGUAUUAUGUUUAUUUCACAGUUAUUAAUAAUUAUUUUUAUAAACUGAACGUUCAAAGUUUGAUAAAAAAAAAAAAGAAGCUUUCUUAUAAACGUGUAUUCGUGCACGUAUUAUACUUUUGCUAAAAAAGAAGAACUAAGAUUAUGUUCAAUAAUCAAAUGAUAAAUAUAACAGCAAAAGAAAAUGAUUCUACAGAAGAACAUAGUUUGAGUAAUGAAAGAAAAGAACUAAAAUUUCGUACAGAUUUGAGUCCGCCUAAUGAUAAUAGAUAUUUUUUGAAACGGUCAUAUACAUCACCAAGAAUAUUUAAAUCACGAAGAAAUAGAGGUUUCGUUUGUUAUAGAAUGAACAGAUCAUUAAGCUUUGAUAAUUAUAAGAAUGAUCGUUUAUUUAAAUCUCCUAAUUCUAGUUCAGGAAGUAGUAAUGUGGAUAACGAAAAGCAUCUAACAAGAUCAGCUAAAAUAAUGAGAGCACUUAAUUUUAAUUGCAGUCCCUUCUACAAUCAAAGAAAGAAAAUAAAAAAGACAUUAAAUUUUAAUUUAACUCCAAGUCCAAAGAAAUUUUCUAAUCUUAAAAGUUCAAGAGAUAAUAUAAAUUUCAAUUUGACUACAUCUUCGCCUAAAAUUAAUAAAACUUUGAAUUUUGACACAAGUCCAAGUAAUUCGAGUACAAGCAGUAUAUUUCUUACAUCAUUUGAUUCGAUGGAUGAAAAUCAAAAUCAAACUCCUUCUCAACGAAAUAAAAAAGCUAAAAAGUUAUUGGAUUAUAUUACACCUAAGAAAAGGAUGUAUGUUUCAUCUCCGAAUAUGGAUAUAUCUUCUCCAUCUUUACGUUUGAGUCUUAAUGAAAAGAUCAAUGACAUUGUACAAAUGAAUUGUUCACCUUCACAUUCUUUUAAUCAAAAUAGAAAAGCAUUAAAUUUUAAUACUCGCUGCAAUAUUAGUACACCGAGAAAUUUGUAUGCAGAUUUUUCUAACGAAGAUGAUGAAAGACCGCAUACACCUGAAAAUACAAUUCCUAUUAUUCCGGAAAGUAUGAGUGCCAUAAAGAAAAGUCAUAAAAAGGAAAGAUCACUACGACAAAUGGAUACUUUAUCUAUAAAACAUACAAAUGUACUACAAAAACUAACAGAUCCUUUCACGGUUAAGCAAUUUGAUGAUCUGCGAAGAGAAAAAAGACCCUUAAGUCCACCUAUGGUUGAAAAAGAUAUUGUAUCUGUCUGUGAUACAAAUUCUAUUAAACAAUCUCAUAAAAAAGAUAAAAGUAGAAAAAACAUUUCAAUGUUACUUUCUGGAGAUGAACUUUCUAACUCAGGAUCUAUUUUUGAAUAUUCCAUAGGACAAGGAAAUAUAAAAGGAGAAAAUAAUACAUGCCAUACCAAUCUUAAUUUUAAUAAAAGUGAUGAUAACAUAGAUUAUGACUCAAGUAGUAACAAUAUAUUAGCAAAUAGUAUUGGUUGUUAUGAAUUAAUAAAUAGUUCAAGUGACACAACAAACAAUCAAGGUCUGGAUAUUAUUACUGGUAUGGAUACAAAAUCUAGUAGUUCUCGCGUUGAGGAAGAAAUAUGUAACACAGUUUCUCAAAAUCCCCUACCAAGUACUAGUAAUGCCAAUAAGAAAAGUAGAUCAGUAACACCACAAGCAUUUGAAACAAAUUCUGUAUCUUCAGUAAGAGUAAUGACUCCAGAAAAUCAAAUAGAUUUCUUACAACAUAUUCAAACUGAAUCAAUUAAAAAGUCUCAUAAGAAGAUUAAGGAAGAAAAAAGGAAAAAACUUUUUUUACCUAGAAAUCUUGAACAUAAACUUAAGGAAGCAAAACUGGAUACUGUUAAAAAUAAGCAUUUUGAAGUAUCAGAAGAUAAUCAAAAUGAUAAUAAUAUUCCAACAAAUGAGGAAUGUGUUAAUAUAGACAGUAUUGUUCGUGCUAGUACACCUGAAAAUGUUAAUUCUAGCAGGCUGUUAUUGUCAAACUUUACUUCGGUUAAAAAAUCACACAAAAAAGACAAACAUAAUAAAAUCGUUUCACAAUUUAUUCGACGUCAACAAUUUUUAAAUAAAGAUGCGGAUUAUAAUAAUGUGCAACAUGAAAUGCACAAUGACAUUACCAAGAAAGAUCAACGACAAAUAAAGAACAAAUUUAUUGAAAAUGAUAGCGCUAUGUCUAAUUUACAUUUAAAUAAUAUCAAUCUUAACAGUAAGGUGUCUCCAAGUAAAAGAAAAAUAUUGUCCUAUUUACCAGAUGACGAUGAUGAUGAUGAUGAUGAUUUAUUACAUUUAUUGUGCAAUUCUAAAUUAACGCAAAAUGAGGGUAGAAAUAUGGAGGAAUUCAAAAUUUGUACACCUAUAAAAAAAAGAAGACCAUUAUUAAAAACUGAUGUGAAAUCUGAUGAUUUACAUAUAGUACAGUCAAAUAAAAAUGAUUCAUUUGAAGAAGAGAUUGUAAAUAUCGAUGCAUCUAGAUGUUUAACCCCCAUUCUAAGACAUCUUGGUUGUACGGUAUUACCAGGGCAAAAUACUGAUUUGUUAAAAACAAGUAAUGAAAAAAGUAAUUCAGUUGAAGAACAACAGCAGCCUGAUACGCAAGAUCAAAAUGGAAGAUCAACACCCAAAAAUAUGUCUACAAUAGAAUUACUUCCUAACGUUAAUUCCAUUAAAAAAUCUCAUAAAAAGGAUAAACGUGGAAAUGGAUUGCAUAGAAGUCUUAUAUUAGAACAAGAAAAAUUAUUUCUACAGAAAAAUGAUAACAAAUUUUUGCAGAAUAAUCAUAGACAUUCAACAAUAGUUUCUAAAUCAAAUGAUAAUAAAUCAAGUUUAGCUGAUAAUACUUGUUCAACAAAUAUGUUAAGCGAUGGUAGUAAUAACUAUGCGCAAAAUUCUACUAUUACAAUUUAUAAAGAUUCUCAAACUUCCAAUCAAGAUGUUAAUGUUAAUGACAGACAAAAUAUCCUAACAAAUGAUACUACCUCAUCUAAUAAAACUCCACCAAACUGUUUAAUGGUAAAAAAUUAUAUGAGAUUGUUGCAAACAACUUCAAUAAAAAAAUCUCACAAGAAAGAACGAGAUCGUAAGAAACAUAAAAUAAUAAAUAAAGACCCAGAACUGUCAGAUGAAGGAUCUAUAUUUGGAGAAAGUGAGAAAGUUGAUACCUUAGACGAUUUACGUAUUCAAAUUAAUAGCAAUAAGACUGAUAUAGAUAGAUCUGAUUAUGUAUAAAUUAUAAAUGAAGAGAUAUAAUGUAAAAGAAAAAAAAAAAAAAAAGGUUUAAUUAAUUAUAACAGAAGAGUCCAAAUUUUUUUAGUGGCAAUAUUCUAAGGAUGGACCUAUAUUUUUUCAUGUAAGGCAUUUUUGUUUCCAAUUUUUCCAGUAAAACACGCAGCCUUUUGUAGGCAUUAAUGUAUUUGCUCUCUUAACUUUCUAUAAACAUAAUUUAAUGUUAACAGUAUUAUAAUAAGAGAAAUUAUUGAUUUUAAGAUAAAUGCACAAGCAUAUAAGACGAGUCUUUGUUAAAAACGAAUCUAUGAUACAAUACAACUUUCGUGUUAAUUUUUGAUACAUUAUUAUUAACAGUAUUCAUAAAUGUAAACUCUAUACAAUUAAUCCUAUUCUAACAGUGAUACAUUAACCAAAUUAUUACUUUACAAAUUAACGUCAUUGAUGAAAUAAUUGAGAAUGAACUUGGGUCAAUUAUUUCUUAUAAUAUCUUAAUAACAUUAAAUAACAUCUUAAAACAUUAAUCAAUACACACAAAAUUUGGCAGAAGGUGUUGAUUAAUGUACAUUAAAACUACAUUUACAUCAGUGUAGAAUAAUUGAUCAUGAUUUUGGGCCAAUUUUUCUGCACAACAAUUAUAAUAUAUAAUUUAAAAAAAUAAUUAUAUAUAUAUAUAUAUAAUUUCAUAAUGUAAAGUGAUAACGUUAUUAGAUUCGUCGUUACAAUAUUAUAAAGAGAAAUACAUAUAAGUUUUGAGAUGAUAAUGAUAAUAAUAAGACUAAUAUAGCUUUAUGCUGAAUGUUUAAAACUAUCUAAUUUGUAUUACCAAGUAUGAUGGUGUCAAGAUAUAUUGAAAAGGUUAUAUACGGCAAUAUAAUCGAAAUCAUUUAAUAUAAGAUAUUUAGUUUAUAUUUGAUAUACGUUUGUUACAAGGUAGUAACACAUUGUUAAUUUAAUUCCCACUUAUUAUUACUUAAAACCUGUUACAUUUGGUAGAUAAUUUAUAAAUACUAUAUUUUUAUUUUAUAUCGUUUAUAUAGUAUUUCCACAGAAAUUGUUUUUUUUUUUACAUAUGGUAUCGAAAUAUAAAUCAAGGUGCAUUUUGACUUAUCAUAUAUUACAAAUAAUACACUUGCAUUAAAAUAUGAGGCAUAUGUACAUAUCUGUGUCUAUGUUGGGAAUUCCACUUUAAAUAUAGCAUUGAAGAUAUGUAAAUCCUAGUAUAAAUGUGAUAUGUAUAUAAUGCUUAACUUUAGUAAAUAUCAUUUAGAUCUAAGAAUUACAUUUCAUAAAUAUAACUAUGUUCCUUAUUAAAUUUUAUUGCUUUUUCUCUUUUUCUUUAAAAAGUUUGAUAACAAAUAUUAACACGUUAAGCAUCGAAUCUCUUUUUUUUAGAUUUCUGUUCAGGCCACGAUAAUCCAUUAGUCAGAGAAAUAUACAAGGAUGUUAGUUAUUGGUGAUGGACGUGGCUAGAAUAAAAAUUGUACUGACAGUCAUUGGUGACUGACGUGGUGUUUAAUAUGUUAAAUUUUAAUAAUAAAUAAAGAUGUUUAAGUUUCAGCAAAGUAAA